AAAUUACGGAGAAUAUUUGAUUUUCAAAAUUAAAAUUCCUUUCUUUUCGUAACUGCAAAGUUUAUAAAUUGUAGACUCACGCCACUCCCUUCUCUUCAUUCCUCAUUCCUCAUUCCUCAUUCCUCAAGUCAUGGAUCAUCGAACCUUCAUUCUCUUGUUUAUUGUUUUCCUCUUCUCCGUCACGGCGUUCUCAUCCGAGACACCGAAUGACGGCGAAGAUCCAAUAAUCCGGCAGGUGGUCGAUGGCGGAGGAGUGCGGUUGGGAGCAGAGUAUCACUUUAAUCAAUUCAAACAUAGGUUCGGGAAGGUCUAUUCUUCCAAGGAUGAGCAUGAUUACAGAUUCAAUUUGUUUAAGACUAACCUGCACCGCGCUAAGAGACAUCAGAUAAUGGAUCCUUCGGCGGUUCACGGUGUUACGCGUUUCUCGGAUCUGACUCCGCGGGAGUUCCGGCAUUCCGUUUUGGGAUUGAGAGGGUUAAGUUUGCCGUCUGAUGCAACACCAGCUCCUAUUCUUCCUACUGAUAAUCUUCCUGCUGAUUUUGAUUGGAGAGAGAAAGGAGCAGUUACCGCCGUUAAGAAUCAGGGUUCUUGUGGAUCGUGUUGGAGUUUCAGCACCACUGGUGCUCUUGAAGGUGCUCAUUACCUCGCUACUGGAGAACUUGUCAGUCUUAGUGAGCAACAACUCGUUGAUUGUGAUCAUGAGUGUGAUCCUGAGGAGGCGGGUUCUUGCGACUCCGGUUGCAAUGGUGGAUUGAUGAAUAGUGCUUUUGAGUACAUUCUAAAAUCUGGUGGAGUCAUGCGAGAGAAAGACUAUCCAUAUUCUGGAACUGAUAAAGGUGUCUGCAAAUUCGACAAGACGAAGAUUGCUGCAUCAGUGGCGAAUUUCAGUGUUGUUUCGCUUAAUGAAGACCAGAUUGCUGCCAAUCUUGUGAAAAAUGGCCCUCUUGCAGUUGCUAUAAAUGCGGUAUUUAUGCAGACAUAUAUUGGAGGAGUAUCAUGUCCAUAUGUAUGUUCAAGGAGGCUUGAUCAUGGAGUGUUACUGGUUGGAUAUGGUUCUGGAGCGUAUGCGCCGAUUAGGAUGAAAGAGAAGCCAUAUUGGAUCAUUAAAAACUCAUGGGGAGAGAAUUGGGGAGAAAAUGGAUACUACAAGAUUUGCCAGGGAAAAAAUAUUUGUGGAGUGGACUCCAUGGUUUCUACUGUGGCUGCUGUUCAUACUACUGCUACUACUACUCAGUAGUUUGAUUUUACCUAUUGUCUGUAUAAAACAUUUUGUUACUUUUUUAUGUAUUGGGUAAAAACAUGAAUACCUCAUAGUCUUGUUUUAAACCGUGCUUGGAGCUUGUUAGCUACACAAUUUGUAAACAACCGUUUCUGAACCUUAUUAUUUAUGAAAAGAAUUGCUCUUCUCACCCAAAAA